AUGAUCCAUCUCGAUCGUAACCGCAACGAAAUCGAUUCAGAACAAAAUUCAAAUCUUAUCUUACAAGAGGAUCAUUCAGCUACUUUCAAUUGGGUCACAGACAUCUCUCAUAACGACGACCAUCACAGUUAUUUCCAAAACUCUUUGUCUGACUUGAAUAAUAACCAUCCCGAGGGUCAGACAAUCCAUCCUAUCCAACUUCAAACUGACGACAAGAGUUCGUCACUUUCACCUCCUCCAGACUACACCUCUCCUCAAAUUAAACGCAAGUCUCCUCCACAAGAACCAGUACAAGAACCAGAACCAGAAGACGAUGGAGAUGGUUCUUAUUCAAGACAGUUAACACCACUCACAGAUCUAUCAGCAGUACCAGAUGGUGACGAUAGUUUGGAUUUUGAAAAGAAGGACGGCAGUACAGGAGAGGUAGAGCAAGAGCAGAAUGGAGACCUAAACAGCGCACAAGAAAAUCAAGAUAAUCGUUGGUCAGAAAAACGCACAAUAAAUGGCACUUCAUCCCCAGUCCGCUCAAUACCAAACUCUCCUACAAGACAUCCUAUCUCAAUACCCGUACCAGGUCCCUCUCACAGACUUGGCCCAUCAGCAGGUCCUUCUCAUUCAAGACGUCCAUCAAGGGAAAUCGUAUCAAUCAGCCAACUCCCUUCACCAAACUUACCAUCAGCAAAAUUAUCUGAUCCCUCUGCUAAAGAUCCAAAAGUCGUUAGGAUUCUCGAGAUCAACUCAGAGUUGCUAAAAGUCUGUAUGGAGUUUCAGACACGUGGCUUGCCACAAACUGACGCUCGCUUCUCUCAUCUUGCUAAUCGCAUACAAGUAAACUUGACUUGGCUAACAGUAGCUGCAGAUCCUCAUCGAUGUAAUGAUCCCAGACUCGCAUUGCCUGCAAUGGAUGCUCCUUCUCCCGUUGAAUUCAUGUCGAUGGAUCGAAUACAUCAACUUUAUGCCGAUUUACCCACCAUAUUCGCAAAGGAACUCGCACGACGCCAGCCCACUUCCGGCGCUCAAUAUUCUCCUACCACUUCCGCACUCCUAAAUGGCCCAUUAAAGCGCAGCAGACCAGACGACAUGGCAGACCUCAUGAACAAAAGACGCGACAUCGGUGAGACCAAACAACACUCCAUGCAACCACCCGCAAUUCCAUCCAUAUCUAUAUCCGGUACUGGCCAGCGCCCCAGCCCCGCGUCCGCUUUCAUUCCUCCCAUCCACCCAAACAUGACCGUCGCCAGCACCCCCGCCAUGCCGCAGAGUCCUCGUACCUCCAGUCCCAUGCCCCCACCAGUGUCUGCCCCCUCACUACCCUUUGGCGCCACUGAAGCGUCGAUAGCAGCCACGACACGCGCUCGCGCACGGGAAAUGCAGAUCCACCAAGCACGCGAACAACAACUCCGAGCAGCCCAGAUGCAACAACAGAUGCAAUCCGCGCGCCAGAUGUCUCCUCCUGAUUCCUCCCCACGAAUUCCCCAGAAUUCGGGGCCGGGCGCACCGCAACAUCCGCAUACAUCAUAUAGCCAGAACGCUGCAGCGAUGCAGAUUCUCCAAAAUCCCAACCACCCCCUGGUGACGUAUCUCGUGUCCCAAAUCCCCAACUUCACAUCCCUGCCGGUGCCUCAACAAGUGCAGAAGCUCACGAGUUUUCAUAAUAUUCUACAGCAGAAGCAGCAACAUAAUCCGUCCAAUCAGCAACAACGCCCGCCCAUGCCUGGUCAAAUGCCCGGUCUAGGCCAGAACCCCUCCAUGUCGCCCAUGCCCAACGUCCCCAUGCAGAGCGGUGGCCCAAGCCCCAUAUCCCCCCUAGGCCAGCAAUCACCCGUCUCAUCCCAACCCCAACAACAAAUGAGCGCCCAAUCCCAGCAAACCGGCAUGUACCCAUUCAACAAUCAACCCCACAACGCACCCAGUGUAGACCCCCGCAUAGCAGCCCCCAAUUUCUCACAACAGAUGCCGGGCAACAUGAGCGCCAUGAACCUCAACCAGCAACGACAGCUCAUGCUCAUGCAGCAGCAAAUGCGGAAUUCAGGCGGGAACAUGAACAUGAACGCUCCGAACCUCAUGAACCCGCAGCAGGCGUUUGCGAUGCAGCAGCAACAGCAGCGGGGGAUGCCCCAGGGCGGUCCGUCCCAAGGGGGUUCACCCAUGUCCGCCCCCGCGAACGAUACCUUCCCCGCAUUGCGCUCGAAUUCGACUAUUCCGGGAAUUGCGAGGAGUGGUCGGUCGCCUUCUGAGAGCGUGCAUUCGCCCAUGACGCCUCGUGCCCCGUCAAGGCUUUCCUCGCAGCCUCCUAUUCAGCCUGAAGACUAUCAGCGGGCGAUGACGCAGCAGCCACAGCCAGGCAUGAUGGGGACGCAGCAGAAUGCUGGAUCGUUCCAUCCACAGAUGCAAUAUCAUCAGUGGCCAAAUGGUCAACAACAGCAGCAGCAGCAGCAGCAACAGCAACAGCAACAGCAGCAACUGUCGCUUGGAGGCCAAAUGAACGGGUUUGGGAUGAACCCCCAGGGAGCAGUAGCAGCGAACAGCCCCUACGGCGGCUCCAUCUCGCCAUCCGGAGGGCCCAACUGGCAACAGCAAAGCAUGAACGGAUACUACCCCCAAAGCAACCAACGACCUCCAAACGUCCCCAUGCAACAAAACAUCAGUCCAAUAGGAGACACGAGCACAGGAGAAUAUGACAUAUUUAAUUGGAAUGGUCCAUGA